AUCACUUCAAACAACCGCCCAUCAUGGGCUCUCUCUCUCCGCUCCUCCACCGCAGCUCCGCCGCCUCCCACCGGAUCUUCGUCCCCUUCUGCGACCGGAACGCGGCUGCGGGCGACGCCACCACGUUCAUCGAUUGCUACACGCCGUCCACCAACACGUGGCACCGCGUCACCUCGAUCCCGGCAUCUGCCGAGGGUUUAGUCUUGAAGGACUUUUCCAUGGUGGCGUUCGGCCACCACAUUUACGUGUUGGGCGGCCGCCUCUGCCGGCGGCCGGCCGAGGUGGGAUCCUCCGCCGCCGCCGUGGAUGGGGAGUUCCGGCCGAGGGCCGUGGCGACGGUGCGGCGGUAUGAUGUGGGAGCGGAUCGGUGGGAGAUGUGCGCGGAGAUGUCGGAAGCGAGGUUUAGCUUCGCGUGCACCGUUUGCGGCGGGGGGAUAUAUGUGGCCGGCGGGCAGAGCUUGCCGGGGCGGGCGAGGGGGAUAUCGUCGUCGGAAGUUUAUGAUCCGGCGACGGAUCAGUGGAGAUCGCUUGCGAAUAUGAGUAGAAUGAGGUACAAAUGCGUGGGCGUGACGUGGAAACGAAGAAUCCUCGUAGUUGGAGGUUUCGUCGGCGGCGAGAAUUUCGGCCCCUAUGACCAUAUUGCCCGAAGCUCCGCCGAAGUCUACGAUGCAGAGAGGGAUAAGUGGAUCUACGUAGCUCGAAUGUGGGACCUAGACGUCCCGCCGCGACAAAUCGUGGCGGUGAACGACAAGCUCUUCAGCUCCGGCGACUGCCUCCAGUCGUGGAAAGGACACAUAGAAUCCUACGACGAGAAAGAAAGCAUUUGGAAUGUGGUCCAUCGCUCCAGUUUCAAUUGCAUGUCCCCUACCUACACUGCGGAGGGGACGACCUCCACGGGGAGAUGCUACAUUACCAUGGCUCCUGUUAGAAACCACCUCUACUUCCUCACCGGGUAUAGCAUGCCCGGGGAGGGUUCGCUCUUGAGAUCGGAGGUUCAUGUUUUCGACACCUCCAAUAGUGGGGGCGGGUGGCGAAGCUUGGAGUCGAUAGAUGAGGUUGGGGAGAAAGAGUUAUGUGGACAUUGCUGUGUGUUGAGUGAUGAUGAAUAAUGGUCAUCAAGUUUGCAUCCCCAAAUCUCAAGCUCAUCAGAUCUUAUAAUCUAUAGUGUUUUAUUUGUGUUUUACUGAUUUUAGAUAAAUGUUGGGUAGCGUGUGUGAAAUAUGAAAGGUGACAAGUUAAAAGAAAUGAAAUAAAGAUUAGUAUGGAAUGAUGAUAUGUAGAAUGUUGAA